AUGUUUCAUGUCCUUGUCCUGGUUCAUGCCACCAAGGUUCUUCGAGUCUCGGAUUUGCUCGAGUUACACGGCCCGCCUCCCGCACAUGAGGAUUUGCAACGAGCAAACCUGUUAGUGAAGUGGAGUCCCGAGCUGUUCACGGUUUUUGUUUCACAUCAGUGGCUGAGCAAGGGCCAUCCUGACCCGGAGGGCUUACAGCUUCAAGUUCUGCAGAAGGCAUUGCGGAACGUGAUUGAUGGCACCAUCUCAGUGGAAUCGGAUGUUGUGUCACAGUUGCGGCAACAGUUCAGGUCGCUGUCUGGAAAGGAGAGGCGGCAAUUGGCCAGUGCCUACAUUUGGUUGGACUGGUUUUCAAUUGCACAGGAGCCAAGUCCAGACACCGAGCUUGGCAUUCGAUCGAUUCCUUUUUACGUGGGGGCCUGCCAGCUCUUCGUUGCGUUGGUUCCUCCCUUCCCACAUCUCGUCACACAACAAGAUUGCGAUUUUGCCAGCUGGCUAUCACGAGGGUGGUGCCGAGCAGAGAUGUGGUGUCAGCUGCUUUCUGAUAGGUCGGCAGAUUCGAACGUGCCGAUGAUUGUCAUCUCCAGUGCAGACCAAAUUGAAUUCGCGCUUCCGCUGCAGUGGGUGCAAAACCCAGUACACGAAGGCGAAUUCACCUGCGAUGCUGACCGCCUCAGAGUAGCUACCUUUGUGCAAGCAGCGCUUGACAACAAGCUGCGCCGUUUGGAAGCUGCUGGGAACAUGGAUCUUUUCAGGCACCUCGUCUUUCCAGCCCGUGAUUUCAUCGGCCUGCCUUCCCCCCGACGAAGCGCGGAUGACUUCGUUUCUCGCUUUCGAUUCCCAUCGCUGAAGGCCGCACUGCGCCAGACGUCGGGCAUGGGCGCCAUGGCAUGCGCAGCUCUGGGCGGCGAUGCCGCCCUUGUUCGCCGCUUGGCACUGGAGGGUGCGCCAAUUCAAACGCGGCUCAACGCAAUCCCGGAGGUCGCCGUGGAAGUUGGAUGGACUCCACUACAUCUGGCAACCAUUAGGAGGGACGAGCUUGUUUUGGCCGAGCUCCUUCAGCUUCGCGCCAAUCCCAACUGCACGGACAGCCUCUUGAACAUGCCGGUGCUUGGACUGUGCAGGACACCCUCAGCUGUCAGAAAGUUCGUAGAGCACAGGGCGGACGUGAAUCUGAGGCUACCUCCAUGCUACCAAUCCCCGCUGGCCUUGGCAUGCAACCGUCAAGCCUCAGUGGCUGUCACUGCGGAGCUCAUCAAACUUGGUGCCGAAGUGAACCCGUCGUCAAGUGGUGCGGGCAUGGGACCCUUGGCAUCCCUUGCAAGCACGGCCACCAGCAACCCUCACUGUCUGGACCAGUUGGCGUUGCUGAUCAAACAGAAGGCAGACGUCAACCAGCCUUGCAGAACCAGCGGCCUCUUCCUUCUGCUCGAAUGGUUCUGUCGUGCGCACAUUUCGUUGGUGCAGGACAGGGCGAUUGCUGGGCUCAAGUUCACAGCAGACAUGAGCACCACAGCCUUGGGUCACGCGUGCUUUUUCGGUGCGGAUCGUAUGGUGCAGUUCCUCUUGGAUGCAGAUGCAGACCCCGAAGUUCGAAACAAGCGCGGACGCACGCCGGCGCAGAUGGCGCGGCAUGCGAGUGUUAAACGCACCCUGCACCACCAUGCAACCAGCUUUUCGAUCUGA